UUGCAGUUACAUGUGUCAAGGCAGUAGGGUUUAAGGCAAACACAGUGAACCUUCUUCAACUUAAACUGGACUCCGACGACCUUGAGGAUUUAGGUUCACAAUUCGGGUCACUUUUACAAUCAGAGGGACUGAAAGUGCUGGCGUUUAUGAACUUAAACCUAUGAAGAUUGCAGGGGUUACAGAUGUUGUGGUAGUACCUAAGGGUUCAGCAAAACUGGGUUUAGGGCCACCCCUAGAAACUAUAAUUCCCGUGGACGCAAAUCGUCGUCAGAUAGCCCAAUUCUCCAGCAGGAACUGCAAGCAAUAUGGGAUUGUUAGGUCGAAUCUUGCAUUCAUCCUAUCAUCACAAAUCCAGACCUCACGAAAUGAUAGUAACUUCUCAAAGGAAGCUGGAUGGAAUGAGAUCCUACUAUGGUUGGAUGCGCUUCGAAGCCAACCAGGAGCAGUUCUAAAAAAAGAACGCGCCAACGGAACGUGCAAAUGGGUCCAUGAAAAGGGUUCCUAUGAAAAGUGGAGAAUCUCAGAAGGCUCCGAUAGGCUUUGGCUAAUUGGGAAACCAGGAGUCGGCAAGAGUCAAGACCGUCUUAUCAAAUUAUAUUUCAGAAACACUGAAAUCCCAAAACGGCAAGGUAGUCUUUACUAUACACUGUCACUCAUAUCGAUCAUUGAAUGAUCCGGUACACAUUCUUGUUCGGGAUAUUCUUUUUCAGGCUCUUCAAACUCCAGUCUUAUCGGCCAGGGUCAAAAAGCGACUUCUAGAUCUCAAGUCCCAAACUAACGCCAUGUCGGAUCUUGCCCUCGAGACCCUUUUGGAGGUAGUCGAUGAUAUAUUCCGUGGCAAUUCGAGCCUUUACCUAAUCGUUAAUGGUAUUGAUGAGCUCAAUCAACAAUCCUUGGAGCUGGAGUCCU